AUGCUGGGACUCUACCCGUCGUCCGCGUUCGACGCCUACAAGAAGGACAAGACCCGCUUCUCCGCUUCCAUCGAUGCUGUCGUCGAGCAGAUCCACACUGCCUGUGAUGGCGUCGGAACGGACGACAAGGCCCUCGUGCAACUCAUCGGCCCGCUGUCGCCGAAUGACCGUGCGUUGGUAUCGCUUCGCUACAAGGAGCUUCACGGCCAGACGCUGCGCGAGCUCGUCAAGAGCGAGACGUCGGGUAACUUCGGUUACCUGCUGCAGCUCAUCAGCUUCCCGUUGCCUCAGGCCGAAGCCUACAUUCUCUUCCACGCCAUGAAGGGAGUUGGCACGUCGGACCACCUCCUUUACUCAGUCCUUAUGGGUCGCAGCAAUGAGGAGAUUGGAUUACUUAAAAAGGCAUACUUCGAGAUGUACGACCAAGAUCUCUCCGUCGCUAUCAGCGAGGAGAUCAGUGGCGAUUUCCUUGCUGUCAUCAUGAAGGCUCUUCAGGAGCCUAUGGUUGAGUACAAGCCUUCGUUCCACACCAAGGAGAAGGCGGCCGAGGAUGCCGAGCUUAUCUACAAGGCCGGCGAGGGCAAGUGGGGCACUGACGAGAAUGGAUUCAUCAAGGUGCUGCUAUCGAGCCCACCUGAGCACGUGCGCAACAUGAACGCGGCGUACGAGGCUAAGCACGAGCACGACUUGGUCUACGCCAUCGAGAACGAGUUCAGCGGGAGUGACAGCGCUGCUCUCGUCUACUUCGCCCGCAUCAGCCUAAAUGCGUAUCCGUUCCUUGCCGAACACAUCGAAGGGACCAUGGCCGGCAUUGGCACAGACUCGACGGCUCUCAGCGCUGCCAUUGUGCGCUAUCACUCGUAUCUGAGCAACAUUAUGCCUGUCUAUGAGAAGAAGUACGGCAAGACGCUUCAAGACCGCAUUAAGGAAGAAGCUAGUGGCGAGUACUUGGAGCUGCUGUUGCAGCUGCUCGAAACUCCGCGUCCCAUCGGCAGCUUCGCGUAA